UAGGCCCGCAGGCUCGCAGAACACCUUCACUGCAGCUUCCGCCACACUCAGCAUGGCGGAGGGUUGUGCGUCAUUUCCUUCCGGGAUCGGAAGUGCGGGGUCCUGCAAUAAUGGCGGCGGCGAAGGUGAAGCAGGACAUGCCCCCACCUGGGGGCUACGGCCCCAUCGACUACAAGCGGAACCUACCGCGCCGAGGACUGUCGGGAUACAGCAUGUUUGCCCUGGGCAUCGGGACCUUGCUGUAUGGGUACUGGAGCAUGACAAGGUGGAAUCGUGAGCGCAGGCGCCUGCAGAUCGAGGAACUGGAGGCCCGCAUCGCCUUGAUGCCACUGUUCCAGGCCGAGCGGGACCGCAGGGUCCUGCAGAUGCUGCGGGAGAACCUGGAGGAGGAGGCCAUCAUCAUGAAGGACGUGCCGGGCUGGAAGGUGGGCGAGUCCACAUUCCACACCACGCGCUGGGUGCCCCCGCUUAUCGGUGAUCUGUACGGACUGCGCCCAGCCGAGGAGGUCUUCAACGCCAGCUUCGGAUUCAUGUAUUUCUCAUCAUAGGGGAGUAAAUGCUUGUGCCCUGCCA